AUGGCCGAACCGAUCCCAGGCAAACGAACGGACCAGAUGACGGCUCCUACGCCUCAGAACACUCCCGCGACAAACGCGCCCAUCUCUUCACGAGCCCAGCAGCCUGGCGUGGCAAGUAUCAUGGAGGAUGACAUGGAGCGCGCUGCUGCCGCCUCAAUUUUCGCCCAGAACCCGCAACUCGUCCAGAUGAUCCAAGGCCGUCUUGGCUCUCUCAUUGGUCGCUCAUCUGGAUACAUCGAAUCUCUGCCGCCCACAGUUCGCCGCAGAGUUUCGGGUCUCCGAGCUAUCCAGAAAGACCAUGCCAAGCUCGAGGCUGACUUUCAAGAGGAGGUCCUUCAGCUCGAGAAGAAGUACUUUGCCAAAUUCACUCCGCUCUAUGAGAAGCGCUCCGCCAUUGUCAACGGCCAAACUGAACCUACCGAGGACGAGAUCGAGGCUGGAGAGGAUGAGAACUUUGAAGUUCAGCCCAAGGCCACCGCGGCCGAGGAGGAGGGCAUCAAGCUCGAUAUGCCCGAGAAUGUGGCCGGAAUUCCUGAAUUCUGGCUUUCCGCCAUGAAAAACCAGGUGACGUUUGCCGAGAUCAUCACGGACCGGGACGAGGCUGCUCUUAAGCACUUAACCGAUAUCCGAAUGGAAUAUUUACAGGAGCCUGGAUUCAGACUCAUCUUCGAGUUUUCUGCGAACGAGUUCUUCUCCAACAAGACCCUCACGAAGACCUACUUCUAUCAAAAUGAAAGCGGCUACGGUGGUGAUUUUAUCUAUGACCAUGCUGAGGGCGACAAGAUCGAGUGGCUUCCUGGUAAGGACCUCACAGUCCGCGUCGAAGCCAAGAAGCAGAGAAAUAAGAACACCAAGCAGACCCGAAUUGUUAAGAAGACGGUGCCCACCGAGUCCUUCUUCAACUUCUUUUCCCCGCCCAAGCCCCCGAGCGACGAGGACGACGAGGAAGAUGAAGAUGCUGCCACAGAGAUCGAGGAGCGUCUCGAACUGGACUAUCACCUCGGCGAAGAUAUCAAGGAGAAGCUCAUCCCUCGCGCUGUUGACUGGUUCACUGGAGAGGCCCUUCGCUAUGAAGAGAUUGAUGACGGUGAGAUGGAGGAGCCGGACUUUGAUGACGAAGAAGAUGAGGACGAAGAUGAUCUCAGCGAUGAUCAAGAUGAAGAAGAGGAGACGGACGACGACGACGAAUCUGGAAAGCCCAAGCAAGAAGCCGCCGAGUGCAAGCAGAGUUAG